AUGUGGGUCUGUGUGUGGCUGGUGGCCCUGUGUGUGUGUUGGCAUGGGGGUAGCCCCUCCCCGGUGACCCCUGCGGUGGUGUGCCAGGGCCCGGAGGCAGAGGAAGGCCUGGACCAGAUCAAUUCUGACCUCACCGAAGGAUUCAUCCUCAGCCUCAACAGAGUCUAUGAUGUCAGCCAGUAGACAGGGGAAGGAGCAGGCGUGCUGUUCAACCUGACCAUAGACGUGCUGGAGACAAAGUGUCAUGUGAUUAGCAAGAAGCCGUGGAAGAAAUGUGAAGUAAAGGAUGUAGCUAACGUACCAGUGUAUGGGCAUUGUAUGGCAUCUAUCUCUGUUGGGAAGAAUGUGGAACUGCGCAGCUAUAAAUGUGCCAUCCAACAAGUGCCUGCCACGGUCAUCGUCGACACGUGCCCAGACUGUCCAACAGUAGUGCAGCUGGAUGACCCCAUCCUAGCGGAGACGACCAAUCUGAUCCUCCAGAAAUACAAUAGAAUGACGCCAAACUACUUCAUCCUCCUCAACGUAACAGGAACUAGAAUGCAGGACUGUGAGACCUGGGUGGUGGGUCCGGCCUACUUUGUAGAGUUCACCAUCAGAGAGACGGUCUGUGCUAAGAACACUCCUGACGUCGAUUUGACCCAGUGUAAAAUGAUGGACUGUGAAUUUGCAAACAAGGCCUUCUGCACAGGCUCUCACACCACUCUGGAUGAUGGCACGUUUCAGACCAAACUCCCCAUCGAGGUGAAGUGUGAAAUCUUUGAACCAGAGGCUGCCAAGGCAGAAGAGGAGGCCCAUAUCAGAGGAGACAGUGGGCAUCAGAGUGAAGAUGAGGACCUGCACCCCUAUGAGCCCCCCCCAACUCCAAUCAGGCUUCCCCCAGACUGAAGACUGAAGGGCUCGUUGGGUAUAGUGGUGGUUCUACCUCCCCCUCAUGUGCCACCGCCUCCAAGAGCCUCACUGGCAGCAAGCAACUGUCCAGCCAAGAGAAUUGAUUUGAGCCAAGAGGACUGA